UUGCUAACAGGGGGAGCUUCCACUUAAUGCCAUAACGAUAUUUGAACAGGACGAAUUUGACAGCGAUUCAAAUACACUCCUGAUAGAAGGUAAAAUGAUCAACCAAAUCAUAGUGUCGUCACAGAAUAGAAUAGCUCACCAGAAAUUGAUACAUCACCUGAAUGCUGCAGGGGUCACAGUUCAAAAAGCUCCCCAUAUCAAUAAAGGACGUGAUUACAAACAUUCUCCACAGUGCAGAGAUCAGUUUGCAGACAAGAUCAGUCCCUCAUUGGAAUCUCACAGGCAUGUCAACAGCCCGAUGACAGUGUAUGGAAUAUUCACAUUUCCCCAGAAACCGGUCGAAAUGAUCUCCACGUCGGAAGACUUGCCUACGCUGGUUACUACAAAUGUGACACAUUCAAUCACCUCUCCUGAUUACGUGGAGCCUUACACACCUCCUCCAAUGAGGCUCUCAGUACCAGCCGAACCCUCAAUGCUUAUUUCAUCUGCAUACAAGCACAACUCUUCGCCCCUGCCGAUCCGUACAAACAGUAUGAGAUUCUCAGAACGGAAUGCCCUUGCCUUAUCCCAGCCUCCACCUUCGACUUCGGAAAAUUUGCUUACUGCUGAGCAUCGUUUGUCCCUGGGCUAUGCAGAUCCUUUUCCAGGUUUGAAAAUGCGGCCAGCAGGUUCUGGGGACAGAUCCUCCCAUCAAAAUAUGGCCGAUAGUAAAGGUUCAUCAAAAAAACUGCAAUUGAGAAACUUCAGGACGUCAGGAACCAAUAUUUCUAGUUCAUCUCCUGUUUCAUUGCAUCCUGGCAGCUUUACAAUCGACUGUUCACCGAGUGAUGAAAGUUUGAACAACGCUCUGUCUCCAACUUACGCUGUACCUUACAUUCCAUUUAAGCUACGACCAGCCCCUCCUGCAAAGCCUCUUUGGCUCAGAGAGGCCCUGUCCAGGCACAAUUCCUCACCGUUACCAGAUGGAAGGGCAGAUCAGAAUGUACCUCUUCGAAAGACUCUGACAUUAUCACAGCCUCCAGCCAGAUCCAGCGGCAGUUUUGGAAAGAAUCUUUGUCCAUUCCCACCCAGUCACCACAGUGACCCUUUGUCACCUCUAUAUGCUGAACCUUUCACAGCUGCCAAGAAGCAGUUAGUCGCAUCGUCUGCUGCAGGCCCUGUCAGGAAACAGAGUGGUGCAUUGGCAAGAGACCAGUGGAGUAACACGCAUCAGUUGGCACUAGAGUCUGUACCCCGCUCUUCCUUGCCAUCAUGUUCCAUGUCUGGGAGCAGUACUUGUUCAUUCGUGGAUGAAACUCCCUUGACUGACCCUCUAUCUCCACCAUAUGCAGAACCAUAUCAUUCACAGCCAAUGUCUCAUGCUGACCAUUUCUGGAUGAGAGAGGAAGUAUCGCGGAGAGGAAGUGCUGAUUUUCCUGUCCAUUGUUCAAAAGAUGCCUCCUCUGAAUAUUACGCAAUUAUACAACUUUUAGACAGCUACCAAGAAGGCAAGAACAUAAGUUGGUACAGUGACAACACCAGAAUGUCUUUAACAUCGUCUGAACACACCUAUGCAGAACUUGAAAGCCUCCAAGAUGAAUCUGAUUAUGAGUUUUGGGAUUUUGACUUCAAGCAACAAGAAAUCCCACAUCUUUCUGCCCAGACCCUCAUGAAGCUACGACAGCGGGGGAUAGUUGAUUCAAGACUGCAGGGACGGUUGCACAGAUGGUCGUGAACACCUUCUGAGAUCUUGUGCUUUGCCAUAUUUUGGGAAUACUGUCCUGUUUUAAUAGUGGAUGUAAUGCAGCAGACUGGAUUGUGGUUUACUGCCUUAUAUUGAGUUCUAAUGUCAAAGCUGAGACUUCAAGGAGAAGUUCAAAGAGUCUUUGAAGCAUUUCCUUGUCCUGCAGAAAUGGGUCAUUUAAAAGGUGGGAUGCAGGGCCUAGUCAAGACAUCCAGUCACUGUUACCAGUCCAUCACACCUUCAAUACACUGUACCCAGUGUUCACUUGAGCUUUGCUGUCUUCGAUUCCAGACUGCGUACAGCUCAAAACAGUUGCAAUACCUGUGAAAUAAUACAUGAUAUGAGCUGGUCUCAUAUCAUCACCUUAUGUUUCAAUUAUAUUAAUUUUGUCAUAAGCUCAUAUUUUUAAUAUUUUCAUUUGCUUUGUGAAUUCUGUUUGCUAACUGCAGCAUAUGUAUAAAAGGAUGCUGAGAUUAUCCUAACUGACUAAACAUUAAUAAUUUGUCUGAAGUUGCGUGUUUGUAACAAACUCUGUACAGUAAUUAUGUCGUUUUUGUUUAGAAUGUUGAACCAUUUAAAUGAAGCUUCCUUGAUA